UGUCACACUUCCUCUACGUCCGUCACCUCUCCCUUGCACGGAUGUACUCGGCUAGCACGACUGUCUGUGUUACCCCGCAUAUUUAUACCUUCAGGCUUUUUAUGAGCACUGACACGUAAAAGACAUUUACCAUGGCUUCUCGAGAAGGUCCGAGAGCAGCAGGUACCGACGGCAGUGACUUUCAGCACCGGGAGCGCGUUGCUUCACACUACCAAAUGAGUGUCGCCUUGAAGUCUGAGAUCCGCAAACUCAACAUUGUCCAUCUUCUCAUCUGGAUCCUGAUGGCAGCUCAGGUAACUGUGAGCCAGCUGAACCUGGUGUCCCACAAGGUGGUGGCCUCACCUUACCAGUGGGAGUACCCUUACCUCCUGAGCAUAAUUCCCACAGUCUUCAGCUUCUCGGCGUUGCCUCGCAACAACAUCAGCUACCUGGUAAUCUCCAUGAUCGGAGCCGGGCUCUUCUGCGUGGCCCCGCUUAUCUACGGCAGCAUGGAGAUGUUCCCCGUGGCGCAGCAGCUCUAUCGUCACGGCAAAGCUUACCGCUUUAUCUUCGGCUUCUCGGCCGUUUCCGUCAUGUACCUGGCCGUCGUCAUCGCCGUCCAGGUGCACGGCUGGCAGAUCUACUACAGCAAGAAGCUGCUGGACCAGUGGUUCGCCACCACGCAAGACAAGAAGAAGAAAUGAUGAAAAGCGCGUGCGGCACUGACAUCUGGGCAAAGAGGAUCUCGGAGCCCCGGAGCUUUUUGGAAACCGGUCACCGAACCGGCCGAG